AUGGGCGAGCUCGGCAUCACAGACGGCAUCCCCAUCCCCAAGACCGACGUCUCCAUGCCGAGACUCGGCUUCGGCGUCUACCAGCUCUACGGCGACGCCUGCCAAAAAGCCGUCCUCGCCGCCAUCGACGCCGGCUUCCGCCAUGUCGACUCGGCCCAGAUGUACCGCAACGAGUCCGACGUCGCCGCCGCCGUCGAGCAGUCGCCCCUGCGCCGCCAGGACGUCUUUCUCACCACAAAGAUACACACGGCCACGAGCACGCCCGAGAGCACGUACCAGAACGCCCUCGACAGCGUCAACAAGAUUGGCGGCCCUGGCGGAUACGUCGACCUCUUCCUCAUCCAUGUUCCCGGGUCCAGUCGCGAGGCCAGAGAGCAGCUGUGGAAGGCCCUGGAGAGGCUCCAUGACGAGGGCAAGGCCAAGGCCAUUGGCGUCAGCAACUUUCGCAUCCAGCACCUCGAGGAGAUGAAGGAGUACGCCCGCGUCUGGCCGCCCCAUGUGAACCAGCUCGAGCUCCAUCCCUGGUGCCAGCACCGCGAGCUCGCCCAGUUCUGCCGCGACAACAGCAUCAUCCUGCAAGCCUACUCCCCCCUCUCCUGCGGCGAGAACCUUGACGACAAGACGCUGGGCGCCGUCGCCGCCAAGCACGCCAGGUCCCCCGCCCAGGUCUUGAUCCGCUACGGCCUGCAAAAGGACUGGGUCCCGCUGCCCAAGAGCGGCACCCCGGACCGCAUCAAGCAAAACGCCGCCGUCUUCGACUUCGCCCUCGACCAAGACGACAUGAAGAAGCUCGACGCCCUCGACAAGGGCACCACGGGGGCCCUGUUUCCUGCCAACUUGAAGUGA